AUGUCAUCUUUCGAGUCGGUUGUUGUCAUUGAUGGCAAGGGCCAUCUUCUCGGUCGUCUUGCGAGCAUUGUUGCCAAGCAGCUGCUCAGCGGCCAGAAGAUCGUCGUGGUCCGUUGCGAGGCCCUCAACAUCUCCGGCGAAUUCUUCCGCGCGAAGCUCAAGUACCACGCCUACCUGCGCAAGAUGACCCGAUACAACCCGACACGAGGAGGUCCCUUCCACUUCCGAGCCCCGUCGCGCAUCUUCUACAAGGCCGUCCGAGGCAUGAUUCCCCACAAGACUGCUCGUGGUGCUGCCGCCCUUGAGCGUCUCAAGGUCUUCGAGGGUGUUCCUCCGCCGUACGACAAGCAGAAGAAGAUGGUCGUCCCUCAGGCCCUGCGUGUUCUCAGACUGCAGCCUGGCCGCAAGUACUGCACGGUCGGACGACUGAGCCACGAGGUUGGCUGGAAGUACCAGGAUGUGGUUGAGAGACUGGAGGAGAGAAGAAAAGCCAAGGGUGCUGCAUACUACGAGCGCAAGAAGCUUGCUCAGAGACAGCUGUCGGAGGCGAAGAAGAACACGAAGGUCGACAAGAAGACGGCGAGCGCCCUCGAGUCUUACGGCUACUAA